AUGCCAGCGAGUCCGUUUCCCGCUUGUUUGUUUGGAAGUGACUUUUCAUACGAACAUGGUGGUCGGCAUUUCUUCGCGCGGCACUCCUUUGACAUUGCCCGAGUUACUGAUAUCCAACAACACGGUCGUCUUCCUUCGACAACCAGUCAAGCAUCCUCUGUUUCUUCAUUACACGUCGAUACAAACUGGCCAGAAGCGCCACAAGGAAAAUCUUGCUACUUUGUGAAGAGAUCAAAGGAUCCUAUCUUGAAAGAUACUCCACUUCGCAAGGCUUUGCUCUAUGGAGACUUGGCAUAUUCACCUCUAGAUCAUUUAUCAGCAUUUGUUGAUGAGAUCCUGGUUCCAAUUUUGUCAAAUGAGAAAAACCAUGAGCAGUGGCCCCGUGUUGUAUCUGCAGAUAUCAUUCAGCAGGUGCAUAACCUUAAAAGGAAUGUAGAUGUGGUCAUUGGCCAGGUGAAAGGCAAGACCUUGCUGCCACUUCCUGUGGGCAUAGAGAAUAUUGAACACCUGGAUGUCAAGGAGAAUGGUUUAGAUCGAACAUUGGUCCACUCAAUUGAGUCAGUUGUUAUUGAAUGGUCUCACCAAAUUCGUGAUGUCUUGAAGAGGGAUUCCUCACAGCAUCUUUCAGAUGGACAACAUCCAAAUCCUUUUGUGGAACUUAAUUUUUGGAAGGAUAAAUUAAAAAAUUUAGAAUGUGUAUAUGAUCAGCUAAAGACUCCUAGAGUGAUCAAAAUGGCAAAACUCUUGCAACAGACAAACAGUGUCUAUUAUAUUUCUUUUCAAAACCUCUUUCAAGAUGUUGUUAAAGCCCUGACUGAAGCAGAGGAUAUCAACAUGGUCCUGAAACCUCUACAACAUAUUUUUCAAGACAUUGAACAAGCAGAAUUUUGCAAACUGGGCAAAUACUUUGGACCCUUGAUGCAUGUCAUUUGUUUGAUAUGGACCAAUUCCAAAUUCUACAACACAGCUUCUCGUAUCAUUGUGCUGCUUCAAGAAAUAUGCAACAUGCUCAUUGAUUUGGCUCGAAACCACCUUGAUCCAACAGAAAUCUUCAAAGGUGAAAUUGAAGAAAACAUGAUUAGAGUGAAAACAGCUGAACAAAUUUUGAAGUGCUUCAAGGAGACAUAUGAAGAAUAUCGUCUCAGUUUGAACAAGUUUUUCCCUGACAAUGCUGAGCUUUUCUUGUGGCAGUUUUCACCUCACCUUGUAUUUGAGAGGUUUGAUAAAUUUAUGGAAAGGGUCAUCGUUGUGAAGAAAUUGAUGGAAACUUCAAUAGAAUUUCUGAAAUUAGAGAAGAUAGAACUUGGUGGUAUCAGAGGGAAAAUUCUGAGCAGACAAGUUAUGCAAAUCAAUGAAGAAUUCAAAGAACAGUACAAAGUGUUUCAGGAGAAAACAACAGACACACUGGAUUCAAAUAAUCAGGAAUUUAUAGAUGACUACAACAAAUUUCAAGAAAGAAUUUCUGAUUUAGAGCGUAGAUUAGCUACUGUAAUUUGUCAAGGAUUUAAUGAUUGCUCUGGAUUGCAGUCAUGUUUCAAGUUGCUUGACAUGAUGGGCAGUCUGCUAGAACGUCCACUUAUCAAAAAAGAUUUCAAUGGAAAGUACAACCAGAUAGUAAAAUUGCUGAAUCAAGAAAUUGAUGCCAUUAAAAUGAUCUAUGAUAAAGAAAUGAAGAUUCUAAAAGAAACAGGUCAUAUAACGGUACACAAGUUUAUGCCUCAAGUAUCUGGAAGCUUAAAAUGGGCUCAAGAAUUACGAGAUCGAAUUGGUUCUUCCAUUGGCAGCUUUAAACAUUUGGAACAUGAAUGCACAGAAAAUGAAGACGCUAUAUUGAUUUAUCGCAAAUAUGAAGAAAUGAUGGAUUUGCUUACAAUUUUUGAGCAGCAGCAGUAUUCCCACUGGGCAAAAACUGUAGACGAGUCAUGUCAUUUUAACUUGUCACAACCUUUGCUAACAAGAAAUGAACAAACGAAGUUAAUAGCCGUGAACUUCGAUCCACAGUUAGUUUCAGUUCUAAAAGAAGUGAAAUAUAUGGAAAUCCGAGGCACUGAAGAUAUUCCACAGAGUGGAUAUGAGUUGUAUAGUCGAAGAGAAGAUUUCUUCCGUUUUGUUACUAAUAUGGAUAUGACUGUCUUGUGGUAUAACAAUAUUCGCACUUCUGUUAUUGGAGUUGAAUGCCCUCUCAUUGAAGAACAACUCAACAUGAUAGAUGAACAACUGAAAAAUGCAGAGGAGAUUAUGAACUGGAACAGCUCAGGAAUCUGGGAAUACAUAGAAAAAACAAAGAAUAUGGUUUAUGAUCUUGAAUCACGAAUGCAAAAGUCCAAAACAAAUAUCCAAAAGAUUGUUCAGCUAAUGGCAACCUGGAGUAAAACUCCACUGUUUGAGCGGAAAGAAGAAAAAUUUGGUUCUCUUCUGAACCUGGAUGAUAGAGAAGAACGCUUGGAAAGAAGAUACUUGGAAAUUCAAGUAAAAGGAGACCAAAUUCAUCAGUUGCUCAAGGAAAAUGUUCAACUUUUCAAAGCAGAUCCCCAUACUGAAAUGUGGAAGGCAUAUGUUGACUAUGUAGAUGAUAUGAUUGUUGAUGGCUUCUUCAAUACAAUACAUGCAAGUCUGGCUUUCUUACUAGACAACACUGAUUCCAAAACAACACGAGAUCCACUUUUUCAGGCCCAGUUAGAAUUACAGGUUCCCUAUAUGGUUUUUUCACCAUCUUUAGAUUUUGGGGUUCCUGAUGGAUUCUAUGAUCUUGUUGAUGGCUUGGUAGGAGACAUCUAUAAACAAGCUGCCCUCAUUCCAAGGUUAGCUGAACAUAAUGGCCAGCAACACUAUCAGGCUGAUCUAGAAGGCAUGGAAGAUCUGAGUGACAUGAGAAAUGAAUUGAUGGAACGUGUGCAGAAUGUGAUGACCAAGGCAUGUGAUUACCGCAAUUCCUUUGAUACUUAUGCUUACCUGUGGGUAGAUGAUCGAAAUGAGUUCAUGCGACAGUUUCUGCUUUAUAAUCAUGUGCUGACUACUGAGGAGAUUGAAGCCCAUGCAGAAGAUGGAGUACCUGAAUGUCCCCCAACACUUGAACAAUUUAAAGAGCAGAUUGAUACUUAUGAAAAGAUUUAUGAAGAAGCAGAAACCAUUCAAAAGUUCACCAACUUUGAGUUUUGGUUUAGUGUUGAUGCCAGUCCUUUUAAACAAGCUUUGCUGAAUAUCAUCAAGAGAUGGAGUUUCAUGUUUAAGCAACAUCUUAUUGAUCAUGUGACUAACAGUUUGAAUGGCUUGUCUGAAUUUAUUCAUUUUGCUGAUGAAGGCCUCACAAAACCUGUGGAAGAAGGUGAUUACGAUGGAUUGGUCAACGUCAUGGGAAACCUUGGUGCUGUUCGUGAAAGAUUGGCUGCAACAGAUGAAAUGUUUGAACCUUUAAAACAAACCAUUGAAUUAUUGAAAACUUACAACCAGGAGAUGCCAGAGGAAGUUCACUCCCAGCUGGAGGUCAACUUACUUUUAGAUUAUAUUACAUUAUUAAUUAUUUGCAUUUGA